AUGAGCACCUCAUCUUUCCGCGUCAGAUACAGGAUGUUGCCUUCGAAGGACGACCCUAAUGCUGUCGAGGUUUGUGACGCUCCUUGCGACGAACCACAAUUGAAACGAUCUUGGUUGAGAGAAUUUCUUAGUCGAGAAACGUAUUACGGUUCUCUACUCUUCAACAUCGGUGCAUUCGCCCUUCCAGCUCUCUAUGCGACGCUGAGCAAGCUCUGGGUAGCGAAUAUUGACUCCAGUCAAGUCGUCACGACGGACGUCUAUACAUACAUUGGUGUCAUUGUCGAAGUCUUAAAUGACGGUCUUCCCCGAGCCUCAUGGACCGUCAUGGGAGACAAAUCAACUCGCACCCAGCAAUCAAGAAUCAGCCUUUCAUACACCCUCAUCAUCUUUCAAACGUUCUUUGGUUUUAUCCUAACUAUAAUAUUUAUCGCGAGCGCCGAGAGACUGGCUGGAGCUUUCGUCCCAGCAGCAGUCCGACAAACUUCUCUCACUUAUGUCCGGAUUUCCUCGGUACAAGCCCUUUCAUCUGCUGUGGAAACAGCGGUAUCAAACUGUACUAGGUCACUAGAUCAUCCAGAUGUUCCCUUGCUGAUCAGUUGUCUGAAAUUCUUCAUCAACAUAUUCUUGGAUCUGCUGAUCAUAUCGAGAUUCCAUGUGGGAACACGUGCACCUACUGUCAACACUCAAGCCUUAAUUCGUAUGGCUUGCGAUCUAUCCUCUGCCACUGCUGGAUUAGCAUACUUUAUCUACAUAGUGGUGAAGUUACAACGUCGAUCACUCGAGCCAAGUAGCAAAAGCAGACCAAGUCUUGCAUCACUACAGACGCUGGCUAUCCCGGGGAAAUGGACGUUCAUGGAGUCAGCACUCAGAAAUGCCAUAUACCUUUGGCUGAUUAGUGGCAUCGUCUCAACGGGAUCCGACUAUGCGACAGCUUGGGGUGUCUUCAACACUAUCAGAUGGGGCAUCUUCAUGGUUCCCGUCCAAGCGCUUCAAGCUUCUGCUUUGGCAUUCAUUGGCCAUGCUUGGGGUGAAUGGAGAGCACAAGUAGGAGCUACACUAAGACGGCCAAAAGCGACCAAGAAAGAUCUCCUACUAAUUACUCACAAAGCAUGGGUAUCGUGUGCCAUAGCACUCGCAGUUGAAGUUCCUGUUUGUCUGUUCCUCUCAUUCUGGGGCAUCGAGUCUUUCGCCUACUAUCUCUCUGAGUCCGAGUCCGUGGCUAGCACAACCCAACACAUGUGGAAGACGAUAGAUUGGUGUUACAUCUUCUAUGCUCUCAACGCUCAAAUAGGCGCUAUCCUUCUCGCUACCACAACUCGUUGGUACUUGAUCCAGGCUCUUGGUUCGAAUCUCCUCUGGAUGUUACCAUGGGCGAUUGUGGUCACGAGAAUCAACAUGACACCGGACAGUGCCUGGCAUUAUGACUCUAUCAUCUUCGGUGGAGCCUUGGUUUUCGACUUCUUCAAUGUUGGACUGGUGGUGGCUAUUUGGGCUUGGCUUUUGAUGAGGGGACGAGUGUCGCUGUCGCCUGUGUCUGGUAACUUGUGA